AAAUUCGUCAUUUAUUAGAACCCUAAUUCAAAUUGCACCUUGCAAAAUUCCUCUGCCAUAAUUUGGGGCACUCUUCUACAUCGUCUUCUUCUCCAAUGGCUGACCGGUACCGAUCGAGAGAAGGAUUAAGCACGAGGUCGGCGGCGUACGGUGGUAACUCCGAUGAGGUUCAGGUGCGAAUCGAUCCAGAUUUCGAUGAUGAGGUCGUCGGUCUUCGCAAGCAAGUUCGCCGAUUACGUGAUGUAGCUCAAGAAAUUGAAACAGAAGCAAAGUCCCAGAAUGAUUUCCUCAAUCAGCUGCAAAUGACGUUGAUCAAAGCUCAAGCAGGGGUGAAAAACAACAUGAGAAGACUCAACAAGAGCAUCAUAUGGGAAGGAUCAAGCCAUGUGAUGCAUGUUGUUCUUUUUGCACUAUGCUUAUUUUUCUUCAUCUACUUGUGGUCCAAAUUCUCGAGAAGAUAAGAGCCGCAUCGACUAAUUGUUUUGACCACCUCCCGUAAAAGUAAAGCACCUUCGUGUAAAAUACAUUAUACAUGCACUUGGAACCUUUGGCAUUGUAUGUAAAAAUGGGAUUGUUAAUUAUAGUUAAACCUCUAUAGAUUAACGCAGUCAGGACUAAAUAGUGAAAUAUUAAAUUAUCGAACUAAUAGUUUAAUACAUUUACUACGAGUCGGGACCGGGAGAAAUUGUUAUUUAAGCAAGAUUAUUAAUUUAUCGAGGUUCAUAUGUA